AAUAACAAGAUUGAGGGAGAAGCUACAAAAGCGGCUACUCACUGCUUACAACUUAUAUUUUAUAAACAUUAGCUAAACAACAAGUAUCGUGUUUUAAUUGAACUUUCGUGGUAUAUCACCGAAAAGGUCUCUGUGUUAACGACUGUGAUUUGUGCAAGUGUGAAAAGUGUCGUUUGGUGCUGUUUAGUUUUAUUUGUGAACAAUCAAGUCGUACUUAUUCGGACCUUCGAUCAAGGAGACGAAAAAAGGAACGCGACGAAAAGUAACCAGGUCACAACCAUGAAACUCCCAAUUCCGCUUCAGCAGUUCAAAAAAUGCAUAAUACUGUUUUUACUGGGUAUCAGUUGCAGUAUCUUGGCUUACAUACUUUACAUAAUUAAUCCAAUGAAGUUAAUAUUGGAACAAAAAUUGCAAAUGGCACCAGAUUCGUUGGCCUUUCAUUUAUGGAAAAAUCCACCUAUCAGUGUGUAUAUCAAAGUGUACAUAUUCAAUAUCACCAAUCCGGCGGAAUUCCUCAAAGGUGAGGAGAAAUUGAAAGUCCAAGAAAUCGGUCCCUACGUUUAUCAGGAAAUUUUAGUGAAUGAAAAUGUUGUGUGGCACAAGAACAACACGAUUUCGUACAUGCCGAAUAGAACGGUAGUGUACAUUCCAGAGAUGUCCAAUGGUGAUCCAGAAAAAGAUAUCGUGCAGGUGCCAAAUAUACCCAUGUUGGGUAUCUCAUCGUCGCUACAUGACCGUGGGUUCUUUGUUAACUACCCAUGGACCAGUUUGGUGAACAUGCUGGACAGCAAACCGAUAUUGAAUAUAAGCGUAUACGAAUAUCUAUGGGGUUAUGAAGAUUCUUUAGUUCGAUUAGCGAGCACCAUUGUGCCGAGCUUCAUCAACUUCCAGAAGUUCGGAUUACUGGAUAGGAUGUACGACGAGGGAAACAAUAUUGUGACCAUGAACGUCGGGAAGAACGAAAAUAUGACCGACGAAAAUGGACGUUAUCUGAGCAUCGAAAGUAUUAAUGGCAGCCCUGGUUUGCCGCAAUGGGGAUACCGGGAAGAAGAAGGAAACGAAACGUAUCCAGAGAAUACUAUUUGCAACCGAAUCAGGGGAGCUACCGAAGGAGAAUUAUUCCCAUCGUAUUUAGACGAACACGCUGUCUUCAGAGUGUACAGAAAAGCAUUCUGCAGAGCGAUACCGAUUGUGUUCAAGGAAAAAGUAUGGGUCGAAAGCGGUCUCGACGGCUAUCUGUACACUGUGGCAGACAAUUUCUUGGAUUCGCCGGAAGAAAAUCCUGAUAACGAGUGCUACUGCCGAAACAAACCCAAGUGUAUGAAGAGAGGAUUGUCUGACAUGACUCCUUGUUAUUACACUAUCCCAGCAGCAAUGUCUAUGCCACAUUUCCUCGACGCUGACCGAAAGUUUCGCGAAGACGUCGAAGGACUCGCUCCAGAUCCAGAGAAGCACAAGACCAAGAUCGUUCUGCAACCGACGAUUGGAAUCCCGAUAAAAGUUAACUCGAGAAUACAGAUCAACCUCGUUAUGGCUGAAACUACCUACAAUUCGAGGAUCUCGGCCUUCAACGGUCUUACGGUUCCAUUAUUCUGGAGCGAUCUGUCUAUACCUUCAGUACCGGACGAUCUGUUGUUCCUCUUGAAACUGGUGCUCUACGUACUUCCAAUAAUCCAGACAGUAAUAAUUUGGUUACUGGCCAUUGGGGGAGUGACGAUGACCGUAUUAUCAAUUCCAGCCAUGCUGUGGACAGUCAACCAGCAACAGGAACCCCUUUCGAUAGAAAGGAGAGACAGUUGCGAUUUAAGAAUACCGUUGAACUACGGUCAAUAUACAACGAUACGUAUUUUGCCGGCUAUUAAAAAGAUCACCUCGAAAACGGACUUAUUUAGUUAACCAAUCACACCUUAAAAGCAUUGACAAAGGAAAGACACUUAAAUUAAAACGAAAGGUCUUCUGAUUUAUAGUGAAAUUUAUUCGUUGCUGUUUUUCUCGUUAAAAAGUAAAGAUGUCGGACACGCUAGCGUACUUAAACUGACUUAUAACGCGAAAAAAAGUGUUCUCCGUUACGAUAAGCAUUCAGGGUUUCGCGCUAAAAAUAUUCCCGUCAUGGAUCGAUGUUAUUCUAUCAAAACGUUAUUGCAGCACACUUUCAAUUUUAUUCCCCUUUACUUCGAUUAAUUUGUUUUUUACAUGAAUUUAUUCUAUGCUCAAUAUAUCGUAUGUGUCGAGUAAACAAACUAUAACAGCUCAAAGUAUUUCGUCGAAGUAAGUUAUUAUUAAAAUAAAUUUUAUUGAAAAAAUGAUAUAAAAAAAGUUAAUAAAAAAUGUUAUAAAAUACAAGGUACCUAAUAUUAAGGUCGUUAGAAUAGAUCGCAUAUGUAUAUAAAAUUAUAUAACAAUGUAUAUGUGAUUAUACCAGUAUAUAAAAAAUUGUUGACAAACAAAUAUUCUCGAAUAUUUACGCAUAUAACGCACGACUUUGAAUGAAUUUUACAGACAUUAUGACUCGAGUUAAAAAUAAGACUUUGCUCACAUGUAUCGUCGUUGAUGAGGUGAAAAUGGAUAGCAAAAAUUUGAAAAUAAUGAUUGCUUAGGUAUUUCGGUUCUUGAACUCGAUAUUUUCGUUGAAAUGUCUCUUUUUACUUCGCUGAACUUUUAACGUGUUACAUUUUCAUUUACAGUGCCGGAAGUACUAAGCGAGUCAAAAUUUUUGUACACUUUUGUACUUACAUUUUCUUCGCAACAAUGAUAAUAUUGUACUAUUUAGGAUAUUUAGUAACUGUAAAAAAUAGAUUAAGCACCUUGCUUAAUUAAAUUU